AUGGCUGCGGAUCAGUGUCAGUUUGACCAAACUUUCUCCUUCGCUCCUCUUCCUCUAAAGAAGUCGUCUUUACAGGAGAAAGACACGGCAGCAUUGUUGAUGAAAUGGUCGAUGUUGGGGAGGAUUUCAGCGCAGAGCUUCAGCUUUGACCAGAACUUUUACCACUACAACAGAGACAAGUUUGCUCUGUGUUUCUUCAAAGAUCCUGCUGUAGUUUCCACAUUGAGGAACGUGAAGGAUGGAGCCUGGAUGCCUCUUGAGACAGAGAUAGUGCAAGUUGAUGUGGAGCCUGUCCUGUGCACUAAAGUCUCCAUGGAUCUGUUUGACCCCCUCUACUCCUGUGGGAUCCUGACCUUCUCUGGACAUGUGGUGAAAUGCUUUCAUGACGUCUACCCUGACUAUGAUAAGCUCAGACAGAUGUUACAGGAGGAAGACUCUGAGCACUACUACGCUGUAGGGAGAGAGGAGCGAGGAGAGUUUCUGUUUCGACUGUUCAAGCACCUUUGUUUGGGAGGAGAGCUGUGUCAGUACGAGGACAACAUAGAUCCUUACAUUAGAACUACUAAACUUAUCUACAAAGACCUGAUCAGUGUCCAGAAGGAUCCAGAGUCAAAGAAGAUCAGUGUUGUCUCUACAGUCCUUAAAGUCUGGGCCCAUGAUGAUUCGGGCCGUUGUUACCCUGGAGGACAGGAGGAGGAGAGGACAUUUGCCUAUUUGAUUGUUGAUCCCUUUAAAAGGCAUGUGACUUUGUUUUACCACCACUACGGUGUGGGGGAAUUCUCUCGGUGACAACACAGGAGGGAAAAACCUGCAGGAAUUACAGCAUCCUGGUGGAUGUCUGGUGUCUGGAUCAACAUAUGAAUUCAGAGAGAGUUUGGAAUUAGUUCAUGGUGUGGGGUGCACAUUUUGUUUGAGUAAAAGAGGGAAAUAGAAAUAUAUUUAUUUUUUAUGUGUAUCAAUAAAAUGUGUU